CUGCUGAACUUUGCACAUUUCUCACUUUGUUAGAAAAAGAUUCUUUUUAAAAUUGUUUUAAUACGAAGAUGUUUAGAUAACUAGAUAAUUGAUUGGUUUUAUUGAUUUGCAUGGUACUUCAAAUCAGCUUAAAAAAUAUAUAUAUAAACGAUAACAAGACAAGAAGAAAAAAUCGAAGAUAAAGUUGAAAUAAUUACAACUUGAAAAAUGGAAAAGGGCAUAGCCUUAAAAAACUUUCAAGACGGAUCAAUAUUACUUGAUACAUUGCAUAUGAAAGCAGAGGUGACCAGUUGCAGUGAAAAACGAUGUGUGGGAUCCAUAGUUUUACCUGAUAAAGAAAAAAAUCCCAAAAUAGAGUCAUCACAAAUCAAAGUUGAGGCAUUAAAGUUUUUUGAAGAAUAUUUUCAGUCAGAACAGUGUUUGAAUUCUUUGAAGCAUACAAAGAGAAUCAACGAAGUUCUAACAGAAAUUGAAUCUUGCAAUUCUUAUGAAUUGACAGAAAAGGAACUAAUAUUUGGAGCUCGUCUUGCUUGGAGAAAUGCAUCACGUUGUAUUGGGAGGAUUCACUGGAAAAAUUUACAUGUGUUUGACUGUCGCCAUGUAACUACAGCACAACAAAUGUUUGAGUGUUGUUUACAGCAUCUUCGCUUUGCAACCAAUAAUGGGAACAUAAGGUCUGCAAUAACAAUUUUUCCAAAUCAAAAUAAUGGGGAAUUUCGCAUCUGGAAUCCGCAGCUAGUAAGAUAUGCAGGAUAUAAGCAAAAUGAUGGAGUUAUUGGAGAUCCAUCAAGUAUAGAAAUUACUGAAAUUGCGCAGAGUCUUGGUUGGGUUAGUAAAAGAACGAUGUUUGACAUACUUCCUUUGAUCAUUCAAGCAGGUAGUAAAGAACCUCAGUUGUUUGAAAUCCCUGAAGAAUAUAUUCUUGAAGUGAACAUUCAACAUCCAGUAUACCCCCAGUUAGACCAAUUGGGUUUACGAUGGUAUGCUGUCCCAAUUAUAAGUAACAUGGCUUUAAGCUGUGGUGGGUUGACAUUUGCAGCUGUUCCUUUUAAUGGGUGGUAUAUGAGUACAGAAGUAAGUGUCAGAAAUUUCUGUGAUGAAAGUCGAUAUAAUUUGUUAAAGCCAAUAGCAGAAAUUUUAGGAUAUAACACAUCUACCCACAUGUCCUUAUGGAAAGAUCGUGUUGUCUUGGAACUUACAGCUGCUGUGUUACAUAGCUAUCAAGCAGCAGGUGUGACCAUGGUAGAUCAUCACAGUACGGCUGAAUCUUUUAUGAAACAUCUUCAUAAAGAAAAUAAAUUGCGUGGUGGAUGCCCAUCUGACUGGGUGUGGAUAGUACCGCCACUUUCUGGAUCAAUAUGUCCUGUAUUCCAUCAGGAAAUGCUCAAUUAUAAAUUAAAACCAGCCUACGAGUAUCAAGCUGUUGCAUGGGUGAAUUAUAAAAGUCAAACAAGUGCAAAUAAACACACAUUUAAAAAAAUUUCAAAUUUGGUUAAAUUGGCUACAAAUAUGAUGAGUAAUGCUAUAACUAAACGUCAUAAAAUCACAAUUUUAUAUGCAAGUGAAACAGGCAGAGCAGAAUCUUUUGCUUAUAACUUACAAGAGCUAUUUCGAAAUGGCUUCAAUUCAAAAGUAAUUUGUAUGGAUCAAUACGAUUUUGAAGAUUUUAAAAAUGAAAAAUGCAUAUUUGUUGUUGCAAGUACAACCGGAAAUGGAGAAGCUCCUGAAAAUGGCCAGGCUUUAGGUAGAAAAUUGUAUGAAAUAGUUUACCCAUCUGAUAUUAUGAAAACUGAUUGUGGAACACAAACAUCACAACACCAACACACUUCACAAAUUUCUUUGUUUGAUGAAAGUUUUCACAUUCUUUUCUCUGUAUUUGGUCUUGGUUCAAAAGCUUAUCCAAAUUUUUGUGCGUUUGCAAAUUCUAUAAAUAGCCUACUAAAAACACUUGGUGGUGAAGAAAUUUAUCCAUUUGUAGAAGGUGAUGAACUUUGUGGACAAGAAGAUGCAUUUAAAUCAUGGUCACAGGGUUGUUUCAAGGCAGCAUGUGAACAAUUUUCAGUGAAGAUUGGAAAUCAACCAACAAAUGUUUCACAAUUAUGCAGUGCACAUUAUUGUGCCAUAUUUCCUCAAAUGUUUGUCAUGAAGUCUCUGCAUGAAGAGCUUAAACUUUUCCAUCAAAAAGCCAUUGAAGAAUGUCGAAUAGUUUCUGUCAGAAAUUUGCAAACUGAAGAAUCAAAUGAUGUUACAAAUUUGGUGUGUAUUGAUAAGUUAUCUACAAAGAAAUUGUUAUACAACUCAGGCGAUCACAUAGGAGUUUAUGCAUGUAACAACAUAGAAAUGGUUGAGAGAUUAAUUAGUCGUGUAACUAACAAUAAACUUACAUUAUCAACAGUAGUAGACAUAGUCUUGGACAAAGAAAUUUCAUAUGAUAAAGAAGUCAAGAAUCAACUGCAAACAAGAUUGCCUUUUCCAAACACCCUAGGUAGAAUUUUUGGGUGGUAUCUUGAUAUAACAACUCCACCUUCUAUGAAGCUACUUGGUAUUUUUGCUAGUAAAUGUAAAAAUGUAAAUGAAAAAGAGAUGCUAAUGAAACUUGCUACGGUUUGUAACGAAUAUGAAACUUGGAAGCAAUCUUCAUAUUGCACCAUUGUAGAUGUUCUGGAGGAGUUUUUAUCAGUUGAAAUUGAUUUUAUACUAUUAGCAACAGAGUUACCAAUUCUAAAGCCUAGAUAUUAUUCUGUAUCUUCAUCACCAGACCUUUAUCCCGAUGAAAUUCAUUUAACAGUUGCACUGGUGACUUAUUCUAUGAAUAAUGCUGUUCAUAAUGGUGUGUGCUCAUCAUGGCUGCAUUCAAGAAAAUCUGAAGACAAAAUUUACUGCUUUGUCAGGAAGGCUCCUGCUUUUAAUUUUCCAUUAUCCUCAUCUGCUUCCAUAAUAAUGGUGGGAACCGGGUCAGGUAUUGCACCGUUUCGAUCUUUCUGGCAACAAAGAUUAUUUAAUAUGUUACAUCAGAGCAAGGUAAAGUUUGGUAAAAUGUUUUUAUUCUUUGGUUGUCGAAACAACUUUGAUAAUAUUUAUGGCAGAGAACUAGAAGAUGCAAAAUGUCAAGGAGCUUUAACCAAAGUGUUUGUAGGAUAUUCCAGAUUAUCUGGAAAGCCAAAGACUUACGUGCAAGACUUAAUAAAAGCUAAUUCAGAGGUAAUCUUGAAAUAUUUUAUUAAAAAAGAAGGUCAUAUAUAUGUGUGCGGUAAUGUUAAUAUGGCAUCAGAUGUUCAAAAAACCAUAAUAAAUAUCAUGAUGGACAAUUUAAAAUAUAGUGAGCAAGAUUGCAAAGAUUUGAUUCAUAAUUUGAAGAAGAACAGGCGUUACCAUGAAGAUAUAUUUGGUGUUAGAUUAAAUAACAAUCACGUGACACUGCCUGUUAGAUCAUCUCAUGAUCAAAUAUCAGAAUCAAUUUCAAGAGAUGGGAAUAAUGCGAAUGCUACGAAAUAUUUGUUUUCAAAUCAGAUCAAAUAGAAAGUUGUCAAAUAGAAAGAUCAAAUAGAAAGUUGUGCAAAAUUUUGAAUUUACGUGUGGAAAAUUUUUAAUGUGAAAUUUAAACAUUUGGUUUUGUCUUGAAAAUUAAAAAUGUAAAUAUUAAAAUUUUGUGUCAUAAAAUUUUAAUUUCCGUAUUUUCAUGUAGUUAACGCAAA